CCAGACAAGAGGCAGAGCUGGAAUUAGAACCCAGGGCCGCGGUCAGCGUCGUCGGGAUGGAGGAGCCCCGGGCCAAGCUGGUGGUCACGGCCGACGACUUCGGCUACUGCCCGCAGCGGAACCGCGGCAUCGUGGAGGCCUUCCUGGAAGGGGCCGUCACCAACGCCUCCCUGCUCGUCAACGGCAGCGCCGCCGCCGACGCCGCCAGCCUGGCCCGCAGAUACGGCAUCCCGACGGGCCUCCACAUGAACCUGACGGAGGGCAGGGCGGUCAGCCAGGAGCUGGGCCCCGGCUCCUGCCUCCGGGAGGCCGGGGGCUUCCUGCCCGGGAAGCUGGGCCUCCGCCGGGCCCUAGGCCGGGGCCUCCUCCACCAGGCCGAGGUGGAGCUGGAGCUGGAGGCGCAGCUGGCCUCGUUCAGGGCCCUGCUGGGCCGCGAUCCGGCCCACGUGGAUGGACACCAGCAUGUCCACGUCCUGCCAGGCGUGUGCCAAGUGUUCGCCCAGGUCCUGGCGCGCCACGGGAUCCCGUUCACGCGAGUACCUACGGAGCCAGGCCUGGCCCGGUGCGACUGGCUGGACCCCCCGCUGCUGGACUUCUACGAGGGCGUCGGGGCGGACGCCCGGGCCGCGGCGGGCGAGUUUGCCAAGCACGGGAUCAGGUGGCCGGACGCCUUCUUCGGGCUCAGCACCAUGGGCAGGCACAUGUCCGUCGGCCGGCUGCGGGACGGCCUGGAGCGGGCGGUGGGCAGCGUGCCGGGCCGGGGGGCGUCCGGGGCCGUCACGGUGGAGCUGAUGGUUCACCCGGGCCAUCCCAGCGUGCCCCCCACGGGAGGAUGCGGCCAGGGGCCCGACCUCUUCUCCCAAUCCCGGGAGCGGCUCCACGAACUGCAGACCCUGCUGGCCCCGGAGCUGCGGGAAAAGCUCCGGGAGACCGGCGUCGAGCUGUGCGCCUUCCCUGACCUCUGACCCGGGCUCCUCCGGGCGGGAUGGAGGCCCAUCCGGGCCACCCCGCGGCUCCGGGGGAUCCGCCACCGUCCGUGGGCCGGACGGCGUGCUCGAAUCCGGACGGGACGCCCAACCCCGCUGCCCUCGGGGAACGGGCACGGAAAAUGCGGUCCGGGGCUCCUUCCGCGUCCCCCGGGAAAUAAAGCCACUUUCACCCCC